AUGCCGAAAUCAAUUGAUGAUGAAGAUGAAGUGUUACUUGCGUUGGCCGAAGAACUUGGAAAAUUUGUAGAUUUUGUUGGUGGUAAAGAUCAUGCACAUCUUAUACUUGGACCUUUGGAAAAUUUAGCUGCAGUCGAAGAAACACUUGUUAGAGAGAAGGCUGUUGAAUCAUUGAACAAAAUUGCAGUCGUUCUUUCUCAACAACAAGUUGAACAAUUUUAUAUACCACUUAUUAAACGUUUAAGUGGUGGUGAUUGGUUUACUAGUCGUACAAGUGCCUGUGGUUUAUAUGCCGGUGCCUACAAGAAUGCUACCGCUAGUUCUCAGGAAGAAUUUCGAAACAUGUUUAAACAAUUAACUAUAGAUGAAACCCCAAUGGUUAGAAGAGCUGCAGCUACUAAUUUAGGAAAAUUUGCAAAAGAGUUACCAAAAGAACAAGUUAUCUCUGACAUUAUACCAAUUUUCAACAAACUUGCACAAGAUGAACAAGAUUCUGUACGUUUGUUAACGGUUGAAGAUUUGGUAGAAAUUUCUGAAUUGCUUGUCAUAGAAGAAAGUAAACUGUACCUUUUGCAAACUUUAAGAAAUAUGUCAUCAGACAAAAGUUGGAGAGUCAGAUAUAUGAUUGCCGAAAAUUUUGUUAAGAUAGCAAAAGCCGUCGGUGAAGAAAUAACGCGUGAUGAUUUGGUAAUGGCAUUUGUUCGCUUAUUAAAAGAUAAUGAGGCUGAAGUAAGAACAGCAGCUUCUGGAUUUGCACAAUUUGUUGAUAAACAAAUAAUUUUAUCAAGUAUUUUACCAUGUGUAAAAGAUUUAGUCACUGACACUUCACAACAUGUGCGUGCAAGUUUAGCAACACAAAUAAGUGGGUUGGCUCCAAUAUUAGGAAAGGAAGCUACAACAGACCAUUUAUUACCUCUCUUUUUGCAACUUCUUAAAGAUGAAUUUCCUGAGGUUAGGCUUAAUAUUAUAUCUAAAUUGGAGCAAGUUAAUGAAGUUAUUGGUGUAGAGCUUUUAUCACAGAAUCUUCUUCCAGCAAUUGUAGGAUUGGCAGAGGAUAAACAAUGGCGCGUUCGUCUUGCCAUUAUUGACUAUAUUCCAUUACUUGCCAGUCAAUUAGGUGUUAAUUUUUUUAAUGAUAAAUUGGGAGCCCUUUGUAUGUCAUGGUUAGGUGAUAGUGUAUAUUCUAUACGUGAGGCAGCAACUAUAAAUUUAAAAAAAUUGACAGAAGUUUUUGGUGUUGAAUGGGCAAAAAGUACAAUCAUACCUGAAGUAUUAUCAUUUGGAAAUAAUUCAAAUUAUUUAUACAGAAUGACUACUAUUUUUGCUAUUACGACAAUUGCACCUGCAGUUACGCCAGAAGUUAUCAGAGAUUAUAUUCUUCCAACGGUGAAUAAUCUUGUAUCAGAUCCAAUUCCUAAUAUUAGAUUUAAUGUAGCCAAAUCUUACGAAGUAUUAAUACCAGUACUUAAACAAACCCCUGAAACAGGCUUAUUAUUGGAAACACAAGUAAAACCAGCAUUGAAUAGGUUAAGAGAAGAUCCUGAUGCCGAUGUGAAAUAUUUUGCUGAAAAAGCUUUACUUGCAG